AUGAAACAAUCCGUUGCAUAUUGUGGUAAAUACGGGGACCUGGCAACCCUACGUCACGACUUUUGCAGUACUGUUUUACCCAUGUUUAACUAGUUUCACUUCAGCCUGUUAUGGUUUGACGUAGAUGAACGAUGUUACUAGCCUAACAGUUUGGUAAACUAAUCCCUUAUUUCAACAUUCAUGUUGCAUUUUACACAGACACUGAGAUUCACUUGAAAACAAUGAUAAGGAAAUGAAUAGUAAGUAAAGAGGAAAGCAGCAGUACUACAGCUUUGGACUGCCGUUAUCUUUUGGCUAUGAUUAAGCUUGCCCUGAUGAGCAACUGUGAGGACUGGAGACCUCUCUGCUUCUGGAGUUUCAGCCAAAAUUCAGUGAACUUGUGAGCUGGAUUUUCUCCCUUUAGUUGGUCAGUGAAAAUAUGGGAAGUCAGAUAUCCAAGCAAGCUGAUCAGCAGCCUUUACUAGAUGAUACAGAUGAAGAACCACUCAUUGAGAAGAUCUCAGUUGUGCUUAUGGGACAUCAUGGAGUUGGGAAGAAUACAGUUGGAAAUGCUAUUCUGAAGAAGAAAGCCUUCAGAUUCCAGGAUAGCUCUAAGAACUAUUACUUGAAGGAUGAAAACACAACAUUUGACAGACAUGUUACUGUAACUCGUGUCCCAGGCUGGUCUGCAGAUUUAAACUCUGAAAAGAAUAGGCAACUUUGGCAAGUGAUUAAAGACAGUGUGCGAUCAGUUGAUGAUGGACCCCAUGCUAUUAUACUGGUUGUUGAUAAGAACACUGAACCUGCAGAGACGACAAAAGAGAAAUUAAAACAACUCCUGGGUGAUAAUGUUUUCCAGCAUAUUUUAAUAACUUCAGUGGAUGCAAAAAACAUUGUGGUUUAUCACAGUGCUAUAAAACAAACCAUCAUUAACAGAUGUAAAUAUCACUUCUUUGUAAGAUGCACAUGUGGAAAGCAAAAUAGAAAGCUGAUCGAAACAAUUGAGGACUUUAUUGUAUAUAAGGAUGACAUUCGUUUCUACGCUAUGGGAAAGAAGGCACCAAACCUUGAUCUCCAGCAUCAGGAUCUGGCUAACCUUGUAAAUGGACUAAAACACAAAAUUUCAGCUCUCUCUGACUCCCUGGAUUCUAACAUGUAUGUAAUAAAAUCAAAAAAUGCUGAAAUAAGGGACCUAAAACGUCUGCUGAAAGAAAAGGAGGAUAUGCUGAGAGCCAAGGAGGAGGAGAUAGAAAAGUUAAAGUCAAAUCAAAAUCACACAGAGCUCUCUGUCCUGCACAAAAAGACUGAGCAGCUUGAGCAUGCAGCAAAGCGAGCAGAAAGGUUUCAGCGAAAGAUGAAAGAGUUUCAAAGAAAGAUUGGUGAAAUGGAAAAAAAAAUUGAAGAAAAAAAUAAAGAGAUAGAAGAACUGAAAAAAGAAAAUCAAGCAUUGAAAUCUCAAAAUGAAAAUAAAAAAAGGGCAAAGCCAUCAUCCAUGACUGGGCCGAGGCAGAAGGGUACUAAUUCAAUUGAAUUAAUCUCAGUGACCUCAGCAGAAACAUUAUUGGGCGAUGAAGUAUUUCAAGCCAGUGAAGUCCACAGAGGUGUGCGAUUUCUGAAGAAAAACCGCAAAAAGCUCAUUGAAAGAAUUGUGGCGGUGAAGCCCAUUGUUGAUGAACUGCUUCAGUUUAUCGGCCACCAUAAAUAUGAGAAGAUUCUACAAGCUCCAACUGAGUAUGAGCAAAAGAGACAGCUCUACGACAUAAUGGAUAAAGGCGGAGCAAAAUUGCAAAUAGAGUUCUACAAAUGCCUGUUAAAACAUGAGAAAUAUCUUGUUGAAGACUUAGAAAAGUCACCAUAAAAUACAAAACACUGGUAAGCCUUAAGAAUGGGAAGGUUCAGUUUCUAAAAUAGACAUAAUUUCUUUUCUGGGAAAAAACUAAUGGACAGAUGAGAUGAACAACUGUAUCAUAAUGAGAAAAUGAGAAAAUUGUGGAGAGAAAAAAAUGAUUGCUAUCCAAGCAGAUUAUCUAAUCAGACUGCCUAAUCUAACAAACUAAAAGCCUUCAACUCUUGAAACAGUGCAAUGCCUUCAAAUGUACUGCUAAAACAACUGUGGAGUUUAUCAGUAUCAAAAAAUUCUUCAGGGAAUGUUCUUCACUGGGUGAGACACUUACUCAAGAGAAUAAGAAAUGUUAAAAGUCUCGAAAAAUGAAACUGUAAGUGAAAAUCGCUACAGGCAAAAAGUCCUGAAAAGCAAUAAGCGAAUAAAGCCAGAUUUCAGGUCUGACAGAGCAUCGCCCAAGAAGAUACAUAUCAUUUGCUGUUAUUUGUAGCUACUGUUGAUAGCAAAGUAUUUGCAACUAUUUUUCCGGAAUCAAUUCCUGUAACAGUGGGGACAAGGAAGGAGAAUUCACCUUGGAUUAGGAUGCCAGUUCAUCACUGGGCACCUUGCACACAUUCAUUCACACCAAGGGGCAAUUUAGUGUCGCUAAUCUGUGUACCUGCAUGUUUUUGGACAUUGGGAGGAAACCAGAAAACCUGGAGGAAACCCCUGCAAACACGGAGAGAACUCUGCACACACAAUAACCCAGUCAAGAUACAUUCAAGAUACAUACUACAGCUUUGAUUUGUUAAACAUUUGAGAGCCAACCAGCUCCAGCUCCAUUAACCUCAGGGAAGUCCUGUAACAGACAUGGCUGAAUAUAUCUGAGGAACACCUGGAAAAAAAGUUGGGGUUUUUUUGUCAUUGUUGUUGUUUAAGGUUUAAGUUUUUUUUUUUUUUUUUUAAUUUAUUAAUGUAUUGUUGAAUUUAUUUAGUUAAUGUCUUAAUACCUGCAUGUGUGUUCUUGUCUUCUUAAACAUGAUUCGCUUUAAUAUGUUAGUUCAAAUGAAUGAAAAAACCCCACUCAUUUAUUAAAACACUGUUAUGAAAGAUAAAACAUUUAGGAGAAGAAUGUUUUACAUUCAGUUUUGAUAUGGCAUCAAUGGAAGAGAGUUUGGUUAUAAGAAGUGUCAAGGCUGCUCAGCCCUCUGUUCAACGAUGAUGUCUGUGCUCGCUUUGUGUGGCACUUGUCUUGCUUUGUGGCUUUGUGGAUCCAGGGUGCAGCAUUCAUAUGUGUGGUGCCAGGUGGCAUUGCAGCCGUGUGGGCCACAGAGUGUGUACCAGCGAAAGCUUUCUCUGAGAAAGUGAUCAGCCACAUCAUUGAAAUUAGAUCACGGCAGAUUUUGAGGGACUCUGCUAACCAGUCUGUCUGUCUGUUUUAUAAUUUAUAACUGAAUAUAGAAUAUGUUAUUAUUAUUAUUACUCUCAUUCUAUUAUGCAGAUGCAAUUUUAAUUGCUUUAACAAACCUACAAAGCUUACUUAAAAUCUACAUCAAGAAACUAGCUUGCUAAUGUUAGAUAGCUAGAUCAUGUUCUUACUGAGUUGCAUAUUGUUGGUUUAGUUAACUAGCUUUGUUCAGCUAAUAAAUGAAUUUAUGGCAUUUGACUCGGCAGCACCUCAGCUUUCACAGCCACAACAUCUUCAAUUUUGUAAUUGUAAAUCAUAACGUCUUGAACAUGCCUAUGUACAACAAGGUUUACAAGACUUGUAUGCCUUCAAUUUCUCGCUAGUGUAAAUGCUCUGAGUUUCUUUAUGUGUAAUAUUUCUGGCCAUUGCAGGCUAGAGCACUGCUUAGAAUCAUUUAGCCACUCACAGGGCUCCAAGCCAUAAUGAUCUUCUAGAGUCACACCAUUUGAAAGUGUUAGUUUGGCCAAAUAGCACUACCUGUCUUUUUGUGGUUAUCCUUAAGAAUAUGUGAAUAACAUUUAGCUAAUGUCAGUUAGAUUCCUAAAUAAAAUUCCUGAUAGAUUCUUCAGUUAGAAUAUAACCAAGUAGUUGCUAGGCUACUCAGGUCUUUAUGCAACCAGGUUGUGUAUGCAUCUCUUUACAAAUACCAAAGGAGUGUAUAUAUCCUUCAAAAACAAGUUCUCUCUAAACUCUCGGUUGCAUGAUUCAGCUGGUUUGCUAAGCCACUGUUGCAUCUGUUUACAUUCAUUGCAAGGUGCAGUGUAUCUCAAACAUUGUUAUUAAAAUAAGUGAAGACCUUCAACUAAGUGAUAAAUACUGUGCAAGAGAAUAAUACAUACCAUGACAAAGCUAUUUUAAAUUCUAUUUUCAUGCUGGAAUUUUCCUUUAAGUUUUGAAUAUAAGGGCUAAGAAACACUUCAUUUAAAAAUUAUAAUUAUCUUGUUCUUUGGUCUGUCCUACAUCAAAGUUUAGUUGAAGCAUCUUAUUUUAAAGUUAGAUGCAAAUGCAAUAAAAGAUAACUGCCUAUGCAGUACACAUCUAUUUAUAAUUUCCAGCUGAGGGUAUUAGUUACGGUAGACAAUCUGUUCUCUCUUCCUGCAGCUUUCAGUGUGAAACUGUUUAUCUACCAUUUAUAUAAAGUCCAUUGAAAGUGCUUUUGUGCAUCUGAGAUCAGAGUGACUCAGCAAGUUUAUUGCAUUUAUCACUUUUGCAUCAGAAUACCAGUUUUAUUUGGUUUUCUCUUUCACUUCUCUUCUCUUUCACUUCU